AUGGGAAAUGCAUGUCUUUCCUGCCUCACAGGUCGAUCGAGGGACAGCCUCUACGAACCAAUCAUCGCAGACAGUGAACGCGAAGCUGUAGCAGACCUCUUACAGUAUCUGGAGAACCGAAAUGAGACAGACUUCUUUACCGGCGAGCCCCUUCGGGCACUCAGCACCCUGGUCUACUCGGACAACGUCGACCUCCAGCGAAGUGCCAGUCUGACCUUUGCCGAGAUAACAGAGCGAGAUGUCCGCGAGGUCGACCGAGAUACGCUAGAACCCAUACUCUUCCUGCUUGAGAGCCCAGAUAUCGAGGUCCAGCGGGCUGCCAGUGCUGCCCUGGGUAACCUUGCCGUCAACACCGAGAACAAGGUGUCGAUAGUCAUGCUGGGAGGUCUUGCUCCUUUGAUCCGGCAGAUGAUGUCUACCAACGUCGAGGUGCAGUGCAACGCCGUCGGCUGUAUCACUAACCUAGCUACCCAUGAGGAAAACAAGGCAAAGAUAGCUGGCUCAGGAGCUUUGGGCCCGCUUACCAGACUCGCCAGAUCCAAGGACAUGCGUGUGCAAAGAAAUGCGACUGGCGCUCUCCUCAACAUGACUCACUCGGAUGAAAACAGGCAGCAGCUGGUGCUAGCCGGCGCAAUACCCAUUCUCGUCCAACUGCUUACCUCACCAGAUGUUGACGUCCAGUACUACUGCACUACUGCUCUGAGCAACAUUGCUGUUGAUGCCCUAAACCGGAAGAAGCUUGCGCAGACGGAGUCGCGCCUCGUACAGUCUCUAGUGCAGCUCAUGGACUCGUCUACGCCCAAAGUACAAUGCCAGGCAGCUCUGGCGCUCAGAAACUUAGCCUCAGACGACAAGUAUCAACUAGAGAUUGUCCGUGCUAGAGGACUGCCGCCACUGCUUCGGUUGCUGCAGUCCUCUUACCUUCCGCUCAUCCUCUCCGCGGUGGCGUGCAUUCGCAACAUAUCCAUACACCCAAACAACGAGUCGCCUAUCAUAGACGCCGGUUUCCUCAAGCCACUAGUUGACCUUCUUGGCUCUAUUGACAACGAAGAGAUCCAGUGCCACGCCAUAUCCACUCUGCGUAAUCUUGCUGCAAGCUCCGACAGAAAUAAGGAGCUAGUCUUGGAAGCCGGUGCCGUCCAGAAAUGCAAGGAGCUUGUUCUACAAGUGCCACUGACCGUCCAGUCGGAGAUGACGGCCGCUAUCGCCGUCUUGGCAUUGAGUGACGACCUCAAGAGCCGUCUUUUGAAACUUGGAGUCUUUGAAGUACUUAUCCCUCUAACUGCUUCUGAAAGCAUCGAGGUCCAAGGCAACAGUGCCGCCGCCUUGGGCAAUUUAUCAUCAAAAGUUGGUGACUACUCUAUCUUCGUUCGAGAUUGGACCGAACCCAACGGCGGACUUCACGGCUAUCUAAACAGGUUCCUAGCCAGUGGAGACCCUACAUUCCAACAUAUCGCAAUUUGGACCCUCCUACAGCUGAUUGAGUCUGAAGAUAAACGACUUAUUGGCUUCAUCACUCGCUCAGAGGAUAUAAUACAGCUAGUACGCACGAUCGCAAACAAGAACCUCGAGUCCGACGACGAGGGUGAGGAUGCUGAAGAAGGCACUGCCGAAGUUAUCGCCCUUGCACAGCGAUCCCUGGAACUACUCGGCUUCGACUCCAAGCAUAGCUGA